AGGCCCAUUUGUUUACGUGGUCAUGAGCGUGCUAUAACUCGCAUCGUUUACAACAGAGAAGGUGAUCUAAUCUUUACCGCUGGAAAAAAUCCAUCUCCCAACGUAUGGUAUAGUCGAAAUGGGGAGCGUCUGGGCACAUUUAAUGGCCAUGCCGGCGUGGUUUGGUGUCUGGACGUUGAUUGGACAUCAACACGUCUGGUAUCAGGAUCCGGUGAUACUACCGUGAGGCUGUGGGAUGUCUCCAAUGGCAAGGAGCUAAAUCGCAUUUCCAGGCCGUCAUCCAUCAGAGUUUGUGGAUUUUCAUACUCGGGGAAUUUGUUCUUUUUCAUUGGUGAUGUUUUUAAGCAGAAUCCAGCUGAAGUUUGUGUGCUGGACACUCGUGAUCAAAGUCACAUGACGGGUAGCAGUUGUGUCCUUUCAAUCACUGGAAGUAGUCUCAAAAGUCCUGUGAAGGCGGCUAUUUGGGGUGAUUUGGAGGACUUUGUUAUCACGGGUUCGGAUGACGGCGAACUUAACUUGAUCGACAUGCGACAAAAGGCUUCUGUGAAGUCGGUUAAAGCGCAUACCGGUUUGAUAACAGAUCUACAAGCUCAUGUGGAUGGAACCAUGUUUAUUAGUGCCUCCAAGGAUCAUACAGCUAAGCUUCACGGCGUCUACGAGGUGGAUUGCAUUCGCACCUACACAGCUGAGCGUCCCGUGAAUUCGGCGUCCAUUUCUCCCAAUCGACCUCAUGUUCUGUUGGGAGGUGGUCAAGAGGCUCGAGAUGUUACUGUUACAGCUGCUCAGACGGGUAAAUUUGACGCCCGCUUCUAUCAUAUGAUUUACGCAGAAGAAUUUGGUCGGGUCAAAGGUCACUUUGGUCCUAUCAACAGCGUCGCCUUCAAUCCUGAUGGCAGUGGGUUCGCCACCGGAGGUGAAGACGGUUACGUGCGACUUCAUGUUUUUGAUCCUGACUAUGAGGACGUAGAACAACGACUGUUCAGCAUACCCACAAGCGCCGUUCAAGCCGCUUGA